CACUCCAGCCCGCCACAGCGCACGAAGUCUCACAGCACUUGAAUGCUCGCAGAUGAAGCAACUACGGCUGCCCGCACGGCUUCACGUCUCGUCACACUCACCAGCAGUAAUCCGUCCCUCGGCUGUAGCUCUCGACUUGCGUCGCGACUCAGCAGGCUGUGUAGCAUCCCAACACGGAACACCAACGGCCGCGAGCUCAUUAGCUAGCUUAUCGCAGUUUUGGCUCAUUAGUUUUGGUGGCCCGCCACUCGAUCCCUGCACCUCUGCCUUGCCUCCCCUCCGCGCCCAGUUACCAGCUACCAGCUAGUAGUAGUAUCUUUCUCAGUAGUAUCCUCUCCCCCAGUGUAAGCCAUGAAAAUCCGUAGCUUGUCCCCCGGCACUCGGCGCGUCCCCUCGUCUCACAGCCAUCUACAUUGCCGGUCCUGACUCUCCCCCCGUCGCGCCUUUCCCUUCACCUUCCCCCUCGUCUUUCUCCCCCCCCCGCUCAAAACUGCACAGCCGUCCACCCGCCUCCUCCUUUCCUCGUCGCGCAAUGGCGUAUUUCCUGCCGUGGGCGCACGGCAGCAGCCGCGAGUUGUAUCCCGAGAAGCACGCAGCGGGGCACGUGCUCUCGCGCGUCGCGCAGGUGCUGAUCCUACUCGCCGGUCUCACCGUGGUCGCGUGGUGCGCCUUGGCCGGGCGUGAUCCCAGCCUCUCUACUCUCCUCGCGGUGUCCGUCACAUUAGACGCCGCCACUUUUAACAGCGGUAGCAGCAGCAGCAGCAUCAGCAGCAGCGGCAGCAGCAGCGGCAGCAGCAGCGGCAGCAGCAGCGGCUGCAGCAGCGGCUGCAGCAGCGGCAGCAGCGGCAGCAUCAGCAGCAGCGGCAGCAGCAGCAGCAGGGGCGGCAGCAGCAGCAGCAGGGGCGGCGGCGGCGGAUAUUCCGUCGCUGUCCCCGCCAUGGCUAGCAGCAGUGGCGGCGGCGGUGACCAGGAGCUCGCCCCACCCGCCCCGCCCGCCUCCAUUCCCGGCUCCCGCCUCACUUCCCCUGUCGCUGUUCGCACAUUCUUGCGCCGAUUCGCAUGCGUCAACGAGAAGGGCACGUGGCAGCUUGACAACACGCCACGUUUGUUGCCGUGGUCCGUCGCAGGCGAGUAUGGCGGGUGGCAGUGCGACGGGAAGUGGCUCAUGGACGAUAGAGCCGCGCGCACCACCCAUCCAUUCCUCGCAGCUGUUCCGCCCAGCGCCGGUACAAGCCCCCCCCGUGCCGCCAGCGCAUCCGCCAGUCCAACGAGUUCGCCGCUAGGGCAAGCUCCGCCUUUCGCGUCGUCGUCUUUCCCGCCUCGCAAAUUGCUUUCCGUCGACGACCUUUCACCCAUGGCUGGCUCUGGUAGCGCUGCUGACGUGGACGAUGAGGAUAGGGAUGAAGCAGCAGCCGUGGAUGAAGCUCUUGCUGCCAGCGGUGAGCCAACAGCAGCUGAUACAACCCCCAACGGGAAUGCGCCCUCCGCUGCUGCCGGUAGCAUCACGUUGGCCGGAAAGACGGCAGGUGACCGCAGCAGCAGCAGCGGCGAGUACCGGCACGUGGCGUUCGCGGAUGCGAACAGGGUGGUGAGGGAGGGCAGGGCGGAGGAGUGGCAGGUGCGGCCCUCGGUCAAGUACAGGUGGCGGUUGCCCGCAGGCGGAGCGGAGGGGGAGUGUGGAGUGGCGUGGAGGGAUGUGAACUGCGCGCAGCUGGCAGCGGGGCUGACCAAGGGGCGGGGGAAGAUUCUCCUGGCGGGCGAUUCGCUGAGCUCGCUGACCUACCUCUCGUUCCGCAACCACAUGAGGAUGUGCUCCGAAGCAGGGGCUGCGGGCGGCUGGGCGACACACGCAGGGCACACGGGUAGCGCUAGCGUGACUAGCAGUAGAAGCAGGGCUAGUGGCGAUUCAGGGGAGGGGGCUGGUGAUGACAGUUUCGCCAGAGGGUCGAAUGGCGAGAGUGACAAUGGCAAAAUCGCUAGAGGAAAUGGAGCGAUGGUGAGUGAUGACAUGAACGGGCCGCCUCUGCCAAGCGAGAUGGAGGAGUCAAAGUUGGCCGUGUGCACGGCAGAGGUUGAGCAGUCGGUGAUGCGCAACAUGCACAACCACGUGCUGUGCGACUCCGUCACAUACGGCAACACCACCGUCACCAUCGUGCGCAAUGACGUGCUCCACACCAAGCACGUGCGCCAGCUCAAAUUCCCUAAAAUGAUCUCCUUCCCCUGGUUCAAAGCUGUCCUUCCUGGGAGUGGCACUGCCGUGCUUGUGCUGAACCGCGGUGCUCACUAUGUCGAGGAUGAUGAGUUCACAGAACAGCUAAGCGUGACACUUACCAAAGUGCGGGAGGCAGCACCGGAGCUGUUGAUUAUCUACAGGAGCACGCCUCCUGGGCAUGUUCACUGUGAGAACAUCACUGCCCCUCUGAAGGAGCCGCAGGACCCAGCGUCGUUGCCGUUUCAUUGGGGGGACUUUGGCAGGCAGAACAAGAUUGCGAAGCAGAUGGUGGAGGCUGUUGGAGGCGUGUUCAUGGAUGUAAAUCCAAUCACCGUUUUGAGGGGGGAUGGGCACAUGAGUCCUCCCACAGAUUGCCUUCACUAUUGUCUUCCUGGCCCACUAGACGCGUGGAUACAGCUGCUGUACAAUAUGCUGCUUGAGUUGGUAUAGCUAGGCAGGCUUUCUUUGUUGCUGCCCCCGGCAUGCGCAUUGUACCAACGUUGGCUCAGUUUAUAGUGUUGCAAUGG